AUCACCUCUCUCUCUCUCUCGCUCUCAGUGGCUCGCCAGUCACCACCUCCUUCCUUGUAAAAAUAGGAGUGGAGUAUUAUUAACUUGUCAUUCAUUAACUCCAUAUUUCAUCAACCAGUCAAUCAAAUCCAUCCAUCCAAAUGGCGUCCACCACCACGCCCCCGACCUUUCCCUUCUCCUCCUCCUCCACCUUCACCUGCUCCUCCUCUAAAUAUUUCAAUUUCGACUCGCGGAGGCCAUUAACCAAUCAUCGAAAACUCAGACUCAGACUCAAGCACCAUCAUCCAGCUCCAGCUCCGGCUGCUGCUGCUGGUUUGUACUCGGCCGAGGAAUUCGAGCUCACCCCAGACAACGUAGACAAGGUUCUCGACACCGUACGCCCUUACCUAAUCGCCGAUGGCGGAAAUGUGGGUGUGGUUUCUGUCGAAAACGGUGUCGUCUCGCUCAAGCUCCAAGGAGCGUGUGGCAGCUGCCCUAGUUCAACCACCACCAUGAAAAUGGGAAUCGAGAGAGUUCUCAAGGAGAAAUUUGGGGACGCUGUAAAGGAGAUAUGCCAGGUGGAGGAGGAGGACCAAGCCCCAGAGACGGCGACCACUACUGUUGAGGCGGUGAAUGGGCAUCUGGACAUGCUGCGACCCGCCAUCAGCAACUAUGGGGGCAGCGUGCAAGUAUUAUCCGUGGGCGGAGGAGACUGCAUCGUCGAUUAUGUCGGCCCCGAAUCCAUCGGCUCCGGAAUUAAGGCCGCCAUCAAAGAGAGAUUCCCGGAUAUCCUCAAUGUAAGCUUCACCCACCCCGACACCAACUAACUUGCACCCUCCUUCCUUCCUUCUUGUUAUGGUGCUGGUAGUGACUAAAUACUGCCCUUACUGUCCUGUUGUCUACUGAUUGACGACGAUGAUAAUAAUGUUCGUACAUGUACACGCAUAUAGUUUGUUUCUUAUGUUCUUGUAA